UGAGCCUGCAUUCGGUACGGUACGAACCCGGCGCGGGUACGAACGUUUGCGUGUGCGUUUGCGCGUGUGUUGUUCGGUGGUUGCGGGAAAGAAACACCCAGCACCUACCGCCCUGCUCGGGGCAAAGAGCAGGCCUGAUGGUGGCUUACACACCCGUGGGCAGUGUGAUUUAGUUUUCGGUUUGUUACACCGUGCGACAGUUCCCGGUAGUGUGGCAAUCCUGGUUUUACGCAUAAAUUUAUUUUAAUUGCAUAUCGAUUCCGGCGGUAGGUUCAAGUUCAAUGGUGUCCCGAGUGAUCCUUCCAUGUUUGUCGUUCGAGUGAGUGUGUAGUUUCACUUUCUGCUCGUCCCAUUAAUACGCUACCAUUAUUGCCCGUUGCUGUUGUGAGCCCGAUAAUUAGUGCGAACAAUUAAAGAGCAAAAAUCACAACCCCACUGGUACGAUUCAACCCUCCUGCGCAACAAAGAAGAAUAGGAGUGUCUAACAAACGAACAAAAAAACACACCACGGUGGCCGGUGGGCAAAUAGAUCGCGCCCGAUCGGGCAUCGCGAUAAUAUGGAGUGAAAUAUUACACCCAGCGGCUCACGCGAGUGAUAAGAUGAUAAAUUGGUGUGUGCGGCCGCACAUUAUCAUAUGUAAUCCCAGCCGGGGGGGAAACUCGAAUUGGCCGCACCCUUUCCGACGUCUCCGCCAAACAACAGACACACCAGCUGCAGCGUGUCUCAGCACCGCCCAGUCGAUUGGCGAUAAUGGAAAUGGAAAUCGUUCGAUCAGUGCUGCUCACCGUCGUGUAUUAACCCUUGCACCAGUGCAACCAGCGACGGAACUCACCCAGAUAGUGGCCUGUGAACGUAGUGGUGGUGGUGGUGAUGUACUCAACGCCUGUACAAUGUUGUGUGAGCAAGUAGUGAAGUAAAAAGCAACAAGAACGGCAAUAUUUAUCUACCCCCGAAGGGUAAGACUGCCCCCCGCCUGGGACUGCGAUCCGGUGGGCCUUGUGUCUUUCCGCGGGGAACUUCCGGGUGGUCGCUGCACGAUAGAUUAAAAAGCACGGAUUUUAUUGCGCAUUCUCUCGCUCGCUGCGCGUGAAGCUGUGUAGUGAAGGGAACAAUAAUUAAGUGAAAUGAUUUUUGCCUGGCAACGGCAACCGAACGGCAGCCCGAACCACCCGAACGGAGGGCAGCAGCAGCAGCAUCCCAACCGGUACAAUGUAACCGACCACCGUGGCGUCUGUUUUGUGGUUGUUCAACAGCAGCAGCAGCAGCAGCACCACCACUGCCGGUGGCACCGGAACGCGUAGAGCACGCCCGAGCGACGCCGACACCGACAGCCUCCGACAAGCUUCCAGUUUUUUUGCCAAAAACAAAGGGGGGUGUGUGUGUGUUUUUUGUUUGCUACAGAAGCGCACCGCUGUACCAGCUGUUUAAGCCCAAUCCUAGCCAACAACACAAAAACACGGGGAGUCACUAAAUUAGUGGCCACCGAAGCAAAGUAAGCAAACAAAAAAGGGCCAGCCGGGAAAAAAAUAAAGUAGUGUGCGGGGAGUUUGCACAUUAAAAGCAUAAGCCGCACCACCGCAGGCAAACAAGAAAUAGUUUAUCCGUACCGGUGCCCAUCCGAACCCCUCCUCCCGCCAGGCAGAAGCUGAAGCCAACCAUGAAGUCUGCCAUCCUGUAUCCGUACGGUCCGCUGCGCGCUAAUGGUUGCUGCCGGAUGCUGCACGCCAAACAUUUGGCACUAACGAGCGCCAUCUACACCCUGAACAUUUCCAUCCUGGUGGUGCUGCUGUACUCGUGGCGCAUCAGCGUGAACGUGAAGAAGUACGGCGACCUGGAGGAUGUGUACUACGGCGUGCAGAUAGCGUACUUCGCCAUCAUCGGUACGCAGUGUUCGAUGAUACUGCUCAGCGUGGUGCUUAUUUUCGGCAUCUAUCGGGAGAACAUUGGACUGGUCGUGCCGUGGAUAAUCGGAUUUAUCACCUUCAUGGCACUGGAAGCGGUCGCAAUGGUCUACUCGAACGUACUGCGCGACCACGUGAACCGGCAGUUCGAUUCGCUCUGCAAGGCGGAGGUGGCGUUCUUCGUAUCGCGCGCCAUCAUCAAUAUAAUGGCGAUGUGGGCGGUGACGCGCUUCUACAACCUGCUGCGCGCGGGCGUUACCUGGAAGGGCCCCGAGCUGAUCGAGCUAUGACACAACUCGAACGAGACGGAAAAGACGCUCGCGUCCUUCCGCGAAGAAACGCGCCUGAUCGUGCGCAUACCGGCGGGCGACGGCGACGCUGCCGAGCUGGGCCGCGACGGGGACGACGACGGGACGACCGACACGGAUGACAAUAUGAUCGGGGAAGGCCGGCGGCCGCCGCCCGCCCUGACCCAUCAGCGGACCGGUCUGUACCGAUGGCCGGGCGAGGAGGAGGACGAACCGGAGGAGGGCAAGAGUGCGGGCAGUGGUAGCGAGGAGGAUGACUCGCUGCUGGUUGCGUACGACAGCAACUCGGUCGCGUCCGUUUGACAAUAUCGCAAGCUCCUGCGGUACGCGGUGGCAGAGCUGCGGCGCCAGGCGGACAGUGCCGUGCUGCUGUUUAUGAUUAUAUUUUUUAUCGAGGUGUACGCGCAGAUAUUUAUAUUUUUCUAGAGAAUGUAGCAACGCUCGUACCGCAGGCGCUGGAGAGAGAGAGAGGGUGAUUUUGGUCAAUGUGAUUGAACCGAAGGAAAGAUUCGGCCCCCAAGUCGACUUUGGCGAAGAAAAUGCUUAUUUACUGUGUCAAGUUGCCGAAAACCGAAACAAAUCCUAGCACAAACAGGAAGCAAAACCACGGGAAAACGGAUCAAUGUUUCGGAACUCCAACUCCCCCUAAACCCAAAAGAGUUCACUAUUGAGAGGAGAUAAAGAGACCUUGGGAUUUGGGAUUUGUUAUAAGCUAGGUGUAAGAUGUUGUGAAACUGUUAAGCAGCAAGGAGGCAAAAUGCAAAACAGAUGUUAAUGUAACAGGUGUCACCAUCCCCUGCUCGCCACAAAACAAAGCUUGUAAAUAGUGUAGCCAGCAGCAGGGGCUGCACACAGUGUCACUCUACCCUACCAAUGUUAGAGAGAACUAUGUUUAAAAAAGCAAACGUUGAAACAGAGCAAAAAAACCCACUUAAACAUUUAAAACAAACACUGAGAAAUCAACUACUAAACCCCCCACACACACACAAACAAUAAAACAGAGUAUAUAAAUUCCUUGAAACGGUGUAGCAGAGGCCGGAAAAGACCUCGGGCAAACCUACAUGAACGCAAAACAAUAAAUGUGCUGCUGCGCAGCGUUGAUAAUGAUUGACGAAAUGGUGA